UUUCCAAUUUCUUUUUUUAUAUUAAAUUACACGAAAUUAUUUCAAACUAUCGUCGAAUUAUUUGUACCGGCGCAAUACAUAAAUGAAAAUACUGUUGGAAACUUGUAAAGGCAGGUAGAUAAGGUCUCAACGAUAUCUCAAAAGCUAGGAGAAAAUAAGGAAUUAAGAAAAAGAAUUGAAGUAAAAAUGUAUAAAACCGCAGGAUGCGCCUGCGGAGCACGCCUAAGACGCAAAAUACGAAUAAAGACCAAGUUUUUGCCAGACCCUAGAGUGAAAUCUGCUAAUCGGUGUUCCCCAAAAAAGACAUUUUUUUGGUGGAAAGCUAGGAAUUCCCGAAGUAAGAAAUUUCCUAACAAGUACAUUUGUUCUAAAAAGUUUAGGCUUUAAAAUAAGCGCUUUGGCUCGUGUUUGGUUGACGGGUACUUCAUUAUGAAAUACUUUUGCACUGACAAACCGUUACAAAUUAUCCACGAACCAUCAUGACACCGGCAACACACGCGAGCAUGAAACUCAACCACCAUGCGGUGACUGUUUGAAUAAAAUGCGCGCGGAAAUGUCGUGUGCAAUGGUCGUGCGUGUUUCGGGUUUGAUAGCACUCACCGUUGCGCACGAAGGCAUCCGAAAUGAACACAGUGCACUCGAUUCGACUAUCGCAAUGAGUGGCCGUUUGUUUACAACAGUGAGUGGUUAAACCAUAUGCCAGGAAAGAUGCGGCGAAAGCUGAUUCGGACGGUCCAACAAAACGAGAGUACAGGGUUUACGAGUCAGUUUCAAAAUCUAACACGGUUUAGUUGAUUUUAUCUUGCAUGUAAUGCGAAACUUUCCCUUUUGAUUUACUUAAUUUUGCUUUUAUUAAAGAUUUUGAAAAAUAUUCCGAAAGCAUCAGUAAUGUUCUAUAACGAUAUUUGCUGAUAUACCAUAAACGUCGGAAUAAUGAAUAAUGAAACCCUUUUUGUAAUCAUAUUUAACUCUAAAAUUCCAAACGAAAUUAAAAACAUACUUUCUUGCAUUGUACUAAAAAUACCAACAUUCAAACUGAUGACCAUUUGCUGUGAAUUGAAAAUAUCGUUUUAUGGUAUAUACAUGCUUCCGCUGCUGCUAGUCGAUUAACGAAACCGAAAGAAAAUAGAAAACAAACCACAACAUCCACACAGCCUCCCGAAUCAUAUGCGCCACUGUUUUCAAAAACACGGAACGAUUGAAACGAUGAAAGAAAAAUAAACACUGUAAACCAUACGUGAACUAUCGCUCAAAUCCAGUCCAGUAACGACUAUUGUCUUUCGUUCCAAAAUACAAAUUCCCAUUUGCCUGCCGGCAUCUCGGUGUUUGACUUCGAAAUCAGGUUCUCUAAUGCAAGUGAGACAGAUCGGCAGCAUCACAUACGAAUCGAACACCAGCAAAUCUGUGAUCGUUUUUAGUAAGAAAACACAUCACAACGCACGUUCAUCUGCUGGCUGGUAUAAUUAAACCCGAACGUUCGAUCUCACUCAUCCGAACGGGUGCUCGCGUAUCCGUUCACGCGCUGGGUGAGACCCGGGUGUGCUUUGCAAACCAGACCGUGAGCGACCCAGUUUUCAUGCCAAAGCGCUACGGUACGGACGGAACGGAUUUUCCGUGUGCUGUGCUGCUGUCUGGUGGUGGCGCGUGACAAAAAAAAGAACAAACCGGUCACGAUCACUUUCCUGCUGGUGACGUACGCGCUGGGUCAGUUAAAUUGCUUCGUGUGCGAAAGGAAAACAAAAGUAAUUAAAAAGAGAGCAAACCGUGACCAUGACCAGUGGUCUGCUUGAACGGGUAACAAACAGUAAAACAUCGCUAUUCUCAAGAGGAUUAUGAACGGGAGAAUAUAUUAAGUUCAAAAUUAUGGUGUGCAUCUGUAGCGAUUUCAAGUGCGAGUGUAUUAAAAUACGAUUUUUUCUCCCUCUUCAACCGGAAACGGGAAAUUCUUAAACUUGUGUGUUGUGAUCUUUGCUAGCUGCUCGUCGAUCGAAGCAGUGUGUGACAUAACCAGUUCAGAAAUGUUCCUAAGAUACGUUCGAUGAUCGUUUGUUUGUGCGCUUUUGCUUGCUCUGUUACAAAAUGUCAACCAUAAGGCAGCGGUGUGUUUGCUAUGUUUGCUAGAAAUAUCCAAACUAAUCCUGCUGUCGCACGACAGGGAAUGGCACCGUUCGUUAUCAAACACGAAUUCGUAAAAAAAACCGCUCCGACACUUUUAUUGAUUCAUUACCAGCUGAAGUAUGCAACGAGCGAUUAGUUUGUUUUGCCAGCUUUGCACUCAUUAGAUUUUUUUAAUCAACUUUCUUUUGAUCUUACUUGAACACUUGCUCUCUAAUUUGAAGUCAUCCCCCAAAAGGGAUCCUGACAGUGUAAAUAAGUAUCGAAAUGAAAGGCAAAAAAAAAAUACUAUUUUUAGCACAGCGUGUCAAAGAGCCGCGAAUUGUGAAAAUAUACCUAGUGUGUGUUUGGGCAUGUAUGACAGUGUGUAGUGCUUCCUUCCCUUCUUCUGGUGGUCUCUAUUUUUGACCCUCACCACCCUCCAUUGCUACCCACUGUGAUCCUUCACCUUUCGUUUGGUUCCAUUUUUUUCGUUUCUGUUCUUGAAUUUUAAGUUUAAUUUUUGCCCCCUAAAACCCUUCCAUUUGCACCGAUUUUCCCCGAUUCAUUAACGUCCGACAUACGGGAGUGAUUCGGUGCGUGGUUUGAUGUGGAAUAAAAAUAAUUAGAAACCGUGCCACACCGACACUCGACGAACGAAUCUGUUUGCCUGUCCUUGCGUAUUAAAAAAAAAUACAUUAAAAGAAGAAAACAUCAGUGACAGUAAUGCCUGGCGAGAAAAUGCGUGUUUCUCUGGUUCGAAACGAAAUCUUGACCAAUAACAAUCGAAAGACAGUGGGGAUUUUUUGUGUGUGGAUGUGUUUGUAUAAAUGAAAGUGCUGAAUAUAUCUCAUGUGUUGUGAAAACAAAAAUUGAGGAAAAAAUAAUAGAAGAAACGCAGGAAAAAAAUGAAAGCAAAAGAAUAUCAUGAAAUAGAAGUGUUGAAAAUAGCUCAUGUGUUGCGAAAACAAAAAUUGAAAGAAAAAUAAAAGCAAAAAAGGAAGAAAAACUCAAAAAAUAAAAUGAAAAUGUAAUAAUAUCACGAAACAGAAGUACUGAAAAUAUCUCAUGUGUUGUGAAAACAAAAAUUACUGAAAAAAUAAAAGCAAAAAUGGAGGAAAAACUCAAAAAAUAAAAUGAAAACAUAAAGAACAUCACGAAACAGAAGUGCUGAAAAUAUCUCAUGUGUUGUGAAAACAAAAAUAUAAUAAUAGCAAAAAAGGAAGAAAAAACUCAAAAAAAGAUGAAUACAUAAAAAUAUCGUAACAGGAAGAUAAUGAAAAAGAAAAACUACACUAUGCGGUUUAUUAUGAAAACAAGCCGAAUAUUAAAACAAAAAAAACAAUAUAGCAACGAAUAAAAAACCAAUGGCAGUAAAAACAGAACAUCAACAAAGCCAUAAGCAUCAAAUUAUAGUUAUGUCCUUGACGUUAACACAUAACACUAAAAGAGUAGCAGUCAACAAAACGAAACAAACAAAUUAAUUGUGCUCGUUUCAUGUCACCUCCCGUUAGCUGUAGUAUCGAGUGGUUUUUUUCCUCCGUUUCUGUGUGAAGUGAACAGGAAAAUGGCACUUGCCACACGCCGCUAAUCUUCUGAAACGAAUUCCACUUCCAUCGCAAGGAUUGGAUAUAGAAAAUAGGAUCAUCCAGUGCGGAAGGAAUCUCUCUUUUCGGUGCGUUAAUACUAGUGUUUCUGGUGAAGCUUAAAUGUUUGCAACAGGACACAGUUCUGCUUUGCGUCCCUUUGGCGGGUACAAAAUCCUACACCGCUUUGAGCGCUUUGUGGAAAGCAGUGGAAAGUGUGCGAGAUGAUGAUCAUCCGGCACGGUGAUUGCUGUUUGUUGUGUAGUUUUAAUUAAAAAAGUAGUAUCCUGGUGCAGCGAAAUGUCCCGAACGGAAAGCGUGACGGUCGCGCGUAUUGCGAGACACACAAAAGCGUCCGAAUGAACGAGUUCCGUGUUUGCGAAUACGUUAUCGGAAGGGAAAAUGCUUUUCAUCCCCGCCAUUGGCGUUCGAUGGUGUUCGAUGAGCUAACUUUUGCUCGUUAGCCGCACACAGUUACGGACAAGCCGUGUUUGUUCGGCCUCCGAGGGCAACAGGGACAAUGCCGCAACCGCAUCGACACUAGAACUACUGUGUGGCAGCUGUGAAAGCUCGUAAAAGUGCGCAUUUUCCGAUUUAUUGCGUUUCUGUUGUUGUGUCAUUGUGCAUUGGUGGCUAAUAGAUGGUAUGCAGCAAUUAAAGAUUCGUUUUUCCCAUCGAUCGUCCUUCUGCGCUUUAUGGUAGAGGGUUUUUAAAAAGCAUGUGAUCUUUACGCGUGAAGUGAUCCAACAGCUAAGUUAAGAAAAAAUAAACGUCAACACAAUUAUUCAAAGGAACAAAAAAAUCUUUCCCCAAGUUCCAUACUAUUUUUUCACACAUUUUUGUUUUGCAACAUCUUUUUCAGUGAAGUGAUUUUACUUGCAUCCCUACUCCUCCAGCUUUAGCUGUAAGUGUGUCGAAGUGUUUGGCUCGGAAUGCCUGCCCUGAAUUACUAAUCAGCCAUAAAUUUUCGACGUAACAAGUGAUUUGGCAAGUGAAAAGCGUACCCAGAAAAAAUAGUCCCCAAAAAUUGAAUCUGUGCGGAAAGGAAAAAAUAAUAAUAAUCAUAAAUCCUGCUCCGCUUAAAGUGCAAGUGUGAUAAAAGAAAACGCAAAAAGAAAAAAACGAAAAGUAAGAGAAAGCAAGUCCAAUCUUUCCGUGUAGUUAGCUACAAAGUGUCUUCAUAAAUUGUGCUUUGUGUGAGCCGAAAGUAGAAACGUUGCUACCGGGAAAAAAGGCGAUCAAAAAAGAGGCAACAGCGCGAAAAGUGCUCCAAACGAAAUGAAUAUCGGUAUCUGAAGUGAACCGAACCGGAGAGGCAACACGCACAGGUACUGGGAACAUGUUCGCUUUCCGCUGCUUCCUUAUGCGAUUGUAAACCACGAGCAAUUUGUAGUUAACGCAAGCACACGAUGCAUCGUGUAAAAAGAUCGCCACUGGAAGGAGGUUUGGUGGACGAGAUUCUUCUCCCGCACAGUUGCACGGACACAGUGAGAUACUAAAGCAGUGUUGGCAAGGGGGAGAAAAACAUAUAGAAGAAGAGAAACAACCCGGUGAUGAUCGGCAAACGAACGGGAUGGAACGAACUGUCCACUUUAUUGCCACGUUUGUCGAUCGGCUAAAGCUUGCAGUGUAAAAAUAAAGAACCUUACAUACCUACAGCUGCUAUAAAAUAGUAAAACCAACAUCACGUACGAACAGUAAACUUAAAAGCGUGUCAAUGCACACUGAACCGCACGCAGACCGCACAUAAUGAAUGUCUCGAACAUCGACUACGAGGUGCAUCACCUUCUGCUCGGUAAUGGAAGCGUUAGUGGUAGUGGUGGUGGUGUUGGUGGUAGUAGUAGUAGUACCAGUGGCACCACUGUUGGCACUACCUUUGGAGAUGAGUCAGCGAUAGGAAGCAAUCUUACCACGCGAAUCGUUGGGUCCAACGAAAGCAUCCUGACGAUCGUUUCCUGCUACGAUGAUUACCUGCCGAACGAGCUGCUGGUGGAGUUCGAGUUCUGGAUCAGUGGUGUGGUGAUGAAUGUGGUCGCACUGAUCGGCAUUCUGGGGAAUAUCUUCUCGAUGGUGAUCCUGUCCCGGCCACAGAUGCGUUCCAGCAUUAACUAUCUGCUGAUCGGAUUGGCCCGGUGUGAUACGGUGCUGAUUCUUACCUCCGUACUGAUCUUUGGGCUGUGUGCGAUCUACCCACAUACGGGUUAUCUUUACUACUAUCAUUAUCAGAUCUUUCCGAAGAUUUCGCUCGUUGUCUAUCCGCUGGCAAUGAUUGCCCAAACAGCUAGCGUGUAUCUAACGCUUACGGUCACACUCGAACGAUAUGUGGCCGUGUGUCAUCCACUGAGGGCACGUGCCCUCUGUACGUACGGGCGAGCCCGGCUUUACGUGGUGGGUAUACUGAUCUUUUCGAUCCUGUACAAUCUACCGCGGUUUUGGGAGGUGACGCUUAUCUCCUCCACCCAUCCGGACACGGGACUCAUCAUUUACUGCGUGAAAGCGUCCGACAUGCGUACGAACGAGACAUACAUCAAGGUGUACAUACACUGGCUGUACAUGAUCUUCGUGUACUUUCUACCCUUCAGCUUGAUCUCGUUCUUCAACCUGAUGAUCUACCGCCAGGUGCGGCGAGCGAACAAGGAACGGCAACGACUGUCACGCUCGGAAAAGCGUGAAAUCGGUCUCGCGACCAUGCUUAUCUGUGUGGUAAUUGUGUUCCUGCUCUGCAACCUGCCCGCUAUGAUGAUCAACAUCGUCGAGGCGUUCUAUAGUGUGAUCAUCGAGUACAUGGUGAAGGUGUCCAACCUGCUCGUUACCAUCAACUCGAGCGUUAACUUCUUCAUCUACGUCAUCUUCGGUGAGAAGUUUAAGCGCAUCUUCCUGUUGCUUUUUUGCAAACCCCGCGGCCGCCAAUCACCGGAUGACGGUCUUAUCCAUGACGACAGCUCCUUCUCGAACGGAGACGCCAGCAAUCGCAACUCGGGCCGCUUCCAGCGUGUCGGCACUACGCGCAGCACCUCGACCAAGCUAAGCAACUGCAGCAUGCGCACGAUACGGACGACGGUCCGGAGUACGCGGGCACCAUCACCCGGCCCGAUCGUGUAUUACCCGGCGCGUGAAACACUACCGCGGAUCACUCAGCCACCGACGAUCACGCGCAGCAGCUCGAUGUUUCCGGACUGGAGCAAUGGUCGGGGGGAGAAUGGUACGAACGGGGGAAUCAUGAUGGCGUCGUCCGGUUUCUAGUUGGAUCCAGCAGCCAACAGCACUGAGGUUUCGAGCUUUAAUCCGUAGCCAUUUUUUACCUGGCUACGAGUUACCACCAUCGUGAGGAGUUAGUGUCUCUAGUGGUGAUUUUUAUUUGUCCCAACGGGCGGGCAAAACGGUUGUAUAGCCGGGAAAGACAAAGCUUGGCCCAAGCACAAUCGUGACGGCCCGAUAGUACACGUUGAAACAUCCUCCUGUCGACACCGUUGGACGGGCGUAGAGAGAAUCCGUAGAGAAUUGAGUUUUAAAUUGCUCCCCAUUUUAAUGCCACGCAAGCAAAGCAAAGAAAGAAGAAAAAAAAAUACUUUGAUAAUUAGUACACUUCAUUUUCUCAUUUCGCUUCGGCUUACGCUUACUGACACACUUUCAGCAAAAUCGGCAGUACUCCAUUAUGCCACCAGACCCUACGUCUCUUAUCAGUUUCGCACUUCACUGUUCCACUUCAACACAUCUCUCAUGGUAGCUUCAGCUUAAUUGUGAUUAAUGAGGCGCGCGUCCUGCAAUCGCAGCACAUCCUGCUGACAUGCUGAUGAACGGUACUAAUCGAACUUGGAGUACGGCAUGGCAUGGUUAUGGCUUAGCCGGAGCAUACUUUAAAAACCGACCAGCUCAACUCCAUUCUGCGAGCGCACAUUUCUCACCAUCAAAAGUUAGUCUACGCGAGUUGUAGUCUACCGGAUGCCGGAAAUGUUUCAUCUGUUCAUCAUUCGUACGUGACAAGAGGGGGAGUUUAUUUUUUUUUUUUUUGGAAACAGACAACUUUUUGUGGAUUAAUAACCGGGGGAAAAAAACUGCUUUGGAUGAUCAUGUUUUAGUUUGCUUUGAGAAAAAAAAUUGAAAGACCAAUUAAAACACUUUGUAGGUAGUUUAAUCCAAUUUUCUAAAUGAUCUACUUUCUGAUGUUUAUUACAUCGAUAUCGAACACUCCUCAAAAGUGGUCCUCAAAAUCAACCCACUCUAUAAUAUUUUGUUCUAUUUAAACACACAAACAAAACAACAGUCGUCUCCUUACCGCUGCCAAACGACUUUCUAAUUGCCGUUCUAAAUUACUUUUCCCCUUGUGCUUUCUUUUUUCACUUAACGCAAUCCGCAACUUUUACAGCCCGCGCGGCAGCCCGAAAAUAAAUCGUUGCCUGAUGCAAAGAGCUACACGGUUCCCGGCUUUGCGGGAAAUCCACAAAUAAACAAAUACAGAAAAAAAACAUCCCUCGCUGAGAAGAAACGAAAAGUCUGCUCAACAUUAAACCGAACCUUUCGUUCUUUUGCCUGCAUUUGAUUCGUAGGAUUUUCCACGUGGAAAACUUUUAAUCCUCCAUCAGCAAACCACCACAAAAAAGGUCCACCAUGUUGCCCGUUGGCCGAAAGCACAAACAAAUGGUGGGACGUAGCGUCGGGAAGCGUAAAAUCGACACAGGGAAAAAGGCGGAUGUGACCAUCUUCUUGGCAUUGCCUAUUUCUAUCGCUUUCUUCCAAGUGGUUGCAUUUUCCUUUUUUUUUUGUUGAGUUUCCACUGGGUGAAGGAUGCUUUCCGUGUCGUGCUGUGAAUGAGAUUGUUUUUCCUUUCAUUUUAUUUGUGUUUUUAAUUUAGCUUUUUGUUAUUCAUUUUGUUUGCUCCUAUCCUGCCGCCCCAUCAGCAGGCCAAAUGGAACACCGAAGCCACUUUAGAGGGGCUGAAGUUCGGGAUUUAAUCUAACCGGAUCGAUGGUGGGAACGAUUUGUCAGUAGCAGUCAGCGUGGAAGCGUUUUAUCUGUCGCAUUGAGGAUAGGAGGAUUUUGCGAACCAAAAAAAACAUCGAGAAGAAUUAUUUGAUGAACAGUCGUGUGAAACUGAAUAGAUUUCAAGUGAAUAAUUUACUUUGAGUCAGUAUAAUGCGGACAAAUUUAUCAAUUUUUCUGUUUGUUUUAUUUAAAAUGCUUCCGGAUCUUGCACUAGAGCUAAAGAAAUCAUCCUGCUGAGCGUUGCUCAAUGAUCGUUUUGUAACGAUCGCGGGUUACGUAGCGCAUUGCGUAGUUGCAUUUGUUUCCAAUUUAGUUCUGUAGUUUGUUUUAAUAUCUACCUCACUAGUUUACACUACAGUCCUAAUAGGUUCCCACUAGUAUCGAGUAUCGAAUAAGCUUAUUAUGACAUUGUUUGCCCUCACUCGCUCAAAUGCCCUCCAUUCAACUGUUAGCCAUUUGGUCAAUCAAAACACGAUAUUUUCUGGUUGAAAUAAAAACAAAACAUUUGUUGAGUUGUUGUUAAGUUUCACAGCAGCUACAGAAUAUGCUGCACGAUCGGCGGUUCCGUGGGGUCAAUGCUAAUUUAACUAAACGUACGACAACACACCAACAGAAAAGUGAUUGGAAAGUGUCACUAAUUAAUGAAAACAACGCCUAAAUGAACACACACACACAGACAAAAACGUUUGAAUAUUCAAUUAGUAAAGUAAAAACAAAAGUGAAUAUAUCCCGUACCGGGCGUUAAUAUCCGUCAACCGGAUCAUUAGUGUAAAUAUGAUUAAACUAUGUACAUAGGAAAUUCUUUCUAUGAGGAAACAGUAGGAAACACUGCACAAAACUUGAAUCACAAAAAGAACAAGCUUUUAAAAUGUAAGUGAAAGAAACACACACACAUAUACACAAAAAUACACACACACACACACUUAUGAAGGUUGUUCAUAAGAAAUUAAGUGUAAGAAAUUAAACAAGCUGUAAAAAGCAAAGAAAAAGGUGUGUGUGAGUCACGAAAUUGACUGUUGAACCCAUUAAAAAGAAGAAAAUAGAAGAAGAAUAUAAAACAAAAGCGAAAAGACCAAAAUCAAAAUAGAAAUGUAAAGAAAAUCAAAUAAAUGCGAGGAAUCAAAGUAAUAAAAAAGAGGAAAAAAGAGAAAACACACACAAACACACAAUACG